AUGUUCAGCUCAGUGUGCGUCUGGUCGUUCCGCGGGCGCCAGGGGACAGGCAAGCAGCAGCCUCAGCCGGCGCCAACGCCGCAGCCGCCUGAGUCCUCACCGCCGCCUCUGCCGCCGCCGCCGCAGCAGCAGUGCGCUCAGCCCGGCACCGCCGCCUCCCCGGCGGGCGCCCCGCUUUCCUGCGGGCCUGGGGGCCGGCGCGCCGAGCCAUGCCCCGGGCUGCCGGCGGUGGCCAUGGGGCGGCACGGCGGCGGCGGCGGCGACAGCGGUAAGAUCGUGAUCAACGUGGGCGGCGUGCGCCAUGAGACGUACCGCUCCACGUUGCGCACCCUGCCGGGGACCCGGCUGGCCGGGCUGACCGAGCCCGAGGCGGCCGCACGCUUUGACUACGACCCGGGCACGGACGAGUUCUUCUUCGACCGUCACCCGGGCGUUUUCGCCUACGUGCUCAACUACUACCGCACCGGCAAGCUGCACUGCCCGGCCGACGUGUGCGGGCCGCUCUUCGAGGAGGAGCUGGGCUUCUGGGGCAUAGACGAGACGGACGUGGAGGCCUGCUGCUGGAUGACCUACCGCCAGCACCGUGACGCCGAGGAGGCACUGGACUCCUUCGAGGCCCCGGACUCCUCGGCCAACGCCAACGCCAAUGCCGGAGGCGCCCACGAUGCAGGCCUGGACGACGAGGCGGGCGCAGGAGGCGGCGGCCUGGACGGGGCAGGCGGCGAGCUCAAGCGUCUGUGUUUUCAGGACGCGGGCGGAGGUGCCGGAGGACCUGCCGGGGGCGCGGGCGGCGCGGGCGGCACUUGGUGGAGGCGCUGGCAGCCCCGUGUUUGGGCGCUUUUUGAGGACCCCUACUCGUCGCGGGCCGCCAGGUAUGUGGCCUUCGCCUCCCUAUUCUUUAUCCUCAUCUCCAUCACCACCUUCUGCCUGGAGACCCACGAGGGCUUCAUCCACAUCAGCAACAAGACGGUGACGCAGGCCUCCCCAAUCCCUGGGGCUCCCCCGGAGAAUAUCACCAAUGUGGAGGUGGAGACUGAACCCUUUUUGACCUACGUGGAAGGCGUGUGUGUGGUCUGGUUCACCUUUGAGUUUCUCAUGCGGGUCACCUUCUGCCCGGAUAAGGUGGAGUUUCUCAAAAGCAGUCUGAACAUCAUUGACUGUGUGGCCAUCCUGCCCUUCUACUUGGAAGUGGGCCUGUCAGGUCUCAGCUCCAAAGCUGCCAAGGACGUGCUGGGCUUCCUGCGUGUCGUCCGCUUCGUGCGCAUCCUGCGCAUCUUCAAGCUGACCCGCCACUUUGUGGGCCUGCGGGUCCUGGGCCACACGCUCCGUGCCAGCACCAACGAGUUCCUGCUGCUCAUCAUCUUCCUGGCCCUGGGGGUGCUCAUCUUUGCCACCAUGAUCUACUAUGCUGAGAGGAUUGGAGCUGACCCUGAUGACAUCCUGGGUUCCAACCACACCUACUUCAAAAACAUCCCCAUCGGCUUCUGGUGGGCUGUGGUCACCAUGACCACCCUGGGCUAUGGAGACAUGUAUCCCAAGACGUGGUCUGGGAUGCUGGUUGGGGCGCUGUGUGCCCUGGCUGGUGUGCUGACCAUUGCCAUGCCCGUGCCCGUCAUCGUCAACAACUUCGGCAUGUACUAUUCACUGGCUAUGGCCAAGCAGAAAUUGCCAAAGAAGAAAAACAAACAUAUCCCCAGGCCCCCGCAGCCUGGCUCACCCAACUACUGCAAGCCUGACCCCCCACCUCCGCCCCCACCACACCCCCACCAUGGCAGCGGUGGCAUCAGCCCACCUCCGCCCAUCACUCCUCCUUCCAUGGGGGUGACUGUGGCUGGGGCCUACCCACCUGGACCCCACACGCACCCCGGGCUGCUCAGGGGUGGUGCUGGGGGUUUGGGAAUUAUGGGGUUGCCUCCUCUGCCAGCCCCUGGCGAGCCCUGCCCACUGGCUCAAGAAGAGGUGAUUGAAACCAACAGGGCAGUGGACCCCCGUCCCAAUGGAGACCCUGCAGCAGCUGCAUUGGCCCAUGAGGACUGCCCCGCCAUUGACCAGCCAGCCAUGUCUCCAGAAGACAAGAGCCCGAUCACUCCUGGAAGCCGGGGUCGCUACAGCCGGGAUCGAGCUUGCUUCCUUGUCACAGACUAUGCCCCUUCCCCGGAUGGCUCCAUCCGAAAAGCCGCCCCGGAAGCUCCUGCCAUAUUUGAUGUCUCUGGCUGCCCCCAUUUCACCGCUCCCAUCACCCCCCGGAAAACACCAGAGAGGAGGAAGACAUCCCGGCGUUUCUCCGUCCCCCCAACAGUGAGCCUGUGUUGGGGAGCCCCCCAUCUGCCUCCCAUCCCCCACCCUUGACUCUCUGUAUUUCUGUCCCCAGCUCUUGUCACCGCCUGAGACCUCGCGAGACCCUCGGGUUCCCCCUGUCCCUUCCCCCCAGGUUAGCAACUGGGAAUGGUGGGAGGGAGUGUCCUAGAGACACUGGGCUUCCAUUCCCCUCCAGACUCCUGCAGUUGAGUACCACCUCCCAGCCUGGGAUGCCUGGAGUAACCGUUCUACCCCUGGUAUUGGUAGAGCCAAAACAAAAACAAAAAAUGAAACCAAAAAACCCCACCCACCCAUACUGGUCCUGAUAUGGGAUCCCAUGAGCUGUGUGACCUUACUGCUUCUUGUCACCAGCAGACCUCAUCCAAUUUUGGAAACCUCUAUUUUAUCCCAUGUCCUGGACCCUUGAAAGAUGUCCAUGCUGAGUUAAAUGACUCAUGCCUCUUAGUCCAAGGCUACCUACCUACUGAAUUUGAACUCAGCCUGGGCUAAAUAGUGAGUUUGAGACCAGCUUGGGCUAGAGUGAGUUUGAGGCCAGUCUAGGCUACAUAAUUUGAGUCCAGCCUAAGCUAUAUAGGAUGUUCUAGGCCAGCCUGGGCUACACAGUGAGCUCUUAGCACAAGGUCCCAAGGAAUGGAUCCCUUCCCCAUCCCUGCACCAGGCCCUCAGCUCCUUUCUGCCCAGCCCCCUCCACCAGCUGCUGCCUCCACCCCAGCCCCUGCUGCCCACCAUCCCACCUCACCAACUGCUGCCUUUGGGCCUCAGACCAGGGGACCUUUGGGAGGGGGAGAAGAGGGGCGGGCAUGGCUGGAUGGGGAGGCUCAGUGGGCACCACCUGCCUCCUAAUCCUGUCUCUCCCCUUCCCUGUGUCUGCACCUUUCUUGUGGAUGCUGACUGACUCUCCGAUUUCUUCACCUCUCUCCAUCUCCUCGGCCCGCCCAUCCCACCUAUCUCUGUGUCUCUGGGCAUCUCUCACCUCUCCAUCCCUCUCUCUGCCUGUGUAUCCCUAUUUGGGCUCUCUGUCUUAUCCUCACCCUGGCUCCCAUCCCCACGCCCCCUCCCACCCUUGUCUCUGCUCCUUCCCCAGGUUACGAGAAGUCCCGCAGCCUGAGCAGCAUUGUGGGCCUGAGCGGGGUGUCCCUGCGCCUCGCGCCCCUCGCCACCCCCCCUGGCUCUCCCCGGGCCACGCGCCGAGCUCCCCCGACCCUGCCCUCCAUCCUCUAGCGUGGUCCUUCCCCCUGUGGGGGAACAGGGGGUGACGGGAAGGUGAAAAGGAGCUGGGAGUAGGGGUGGGGAAAGGGUUCUUUAAAAAAAUAGUCAAUAAUAUGCAAAAGAGAUGAUGCCAGCAGACACCCCCGGGGCCUCUCACUCCCCAUAUACUAGAGAACCCAGGAUACCAAGAUAGAGGGGACGGGGCCAGAGCCUGUACCCCCACAACUCCCUCCCCUUCCCCCCCCAAAAAAAAGCAAACCUCAGGUCUCCAUGAGCCAUAGGACACCCCUCCCAUCGACCCCUGUAAAUAACUAAAAGCUGAUUCCAUCUUGGGGCACCCACUCCAGUUUGCAUGCCUCCCCGACCCCCUCUUCAGCAAUAAGCCGCCAGGAGCUGUGCAGAGAGUUGGAGGGGAGGCUGCUGGGAGCCUCUGGGGUCGGGCCUAGCAUUUUAGGGGUCUUCCUGGUCACCCCCCAAAGGGCAACCCACCCAUCACUAAUUGAUUCAGGAAAAACAAAAACCUCUAGGAACACAAAGGAAAAAGAAGACAGGUUAAUCAGCCGCAGCCCUGAGGAGCUCAGCUUGGGGGUGGGGGGGUUCUGCCAGCUGCUCUUGGGCUUGGAGGACGCCAGCUGGUGCAUUCCACCCACACCCGCCUCCAGGGAUCUGCUCCCUCUAUUCGCUGCAUGGACUUGGGCCUCCAGGCCCAGAACCCUCUACCCAUUGCAGUCUCCACUCUAUUCCAAGAUGUGAGGCUAGUACCCUAGACUUAAAGAGAUAGAACCUGGCACCCUGCACUCCCACACCCCACGGACUCCGGCGCCCCACACUCCCCACCUCCAUCACUCCAUCUAUCCCCCACUGGCCUGGACUGCACCACAGCGUCCUUCCACCCUUCCUUUCCACCCCAGCUCACUUCCAGACUUCGGGGUUCUGACCGUCCUCAAGACCCCAACCCCAACCCCAGAGGGCCUCAACCCCGACAUCACAUUCCUUUGUCCCCUGGCGCCUCUGACAUAAGACCUUCCUGGACAAGCUCCAGGGAGCUCCACCCCAUUCCACCAUCGCUGUCUAGGCAGCCCUCUCCUCACCCCACCACCCAUGGUGCCAAAACACUGUCUUCAUGGCCACCAGAGUUUCCCAGAGCGUGGGACUCCCGUUCCCUCUUAGUGUGCUGAAGUUUGCAAAGUGCACAGACGACCAAGUGUUUUAAACUUGUGUGCUCUUUGCAGGCAGGCACCCGGCUGGUGCAUCCUGGCAGUGCAGCAGUUGGGUGUAGCCAUUGAAAACAAGUCAAGGACAGGAUGGGAUCCAAUGCUAAAAGCGCUUGCAUAAUGUGCUAAGGUCCCAGGGUUCAAUCUCCAGCAACCCCUCUUGCCCGGCUGGUGGGAAAAGAGGACACGCCCACCUCAACUAGGAUCUCAGCCUGCCCUUCCCAGCUUCCUUGCCCACCACGUGCCACGUUCUCGGGUGGAAAACGUUCUCAAAUCCCGUCUGGGCUCCAGGAUGCUACCUCCCCCAAGCCCAGAGACCACACUGGUCCCAGAAUCCUUAGCGAACUCCCCCUUUGGAGCUGGGUGGUCUGCAGAAUAAGCAAUCCCUUGUUCCCACCGCCUCAGGGAAACCUCCCGCUGUCACCAGAGUUGUCGCUGGGGGUGUCCUUGGGCCCAAUUCUUGAUGCAACAAUUCCUAUGCAAGGGACAUUUUGAGUCCCUCCCGCACCCCCGCCUUCCCUCGGGACCUUAAACCCUGGUGAGACAGGGGUUGAGGAGUGGGGUGGGAUCUGGUAGGGGCAGGGCAAAGGGCUAGGGGACUCUAGACACCAGGGUAUGGGGUGAGGACUCCUAAUAUUGCCAAAGGAUUCAACUUAUUUAAACAACCCCUAUUAUACCCCUGUCCCUCAAAAGAGACGAAUGGGGCGGGAAAAGGGGUAAGAGUCCUUUUUGAAGGGUACCAACCACUUCCCACUGUUUCCCUCUGCUCUCCAGUUCCCUACACAUAUCCAGCUUUUUAGUUAAGCAUUUUUAAAAAGCUACAGUCAUUAUAAACGUCUACAAAACAUGAUUUUUGCCCCUCCACAUCUCCCAAUUUACCAAACAGUGUGGGAUUCGGGGAGGGAGAGCCAGGUCCUGGUCUCCCUUUUCCCCACGGCCGCCAGGGUGCCUGCAACUGCACGCAUGCGCUGCAUGACGCGCCCCCCCACAUACACACG